UUUUAUGUCAUGCAUGGUUGGAGAUUUGGCUUGUUUAUCUUUUAGCAAAGGUUUUUUUAUCCUAUACGGCUUCACCUUUUCCCAGUUCCACACAUUGGAAUUAAAUAACGAGACUUUUGAAAACAAAAGGACAAACUUUUUCACAGCAACAAAUGGUCAAAAAUCUCCAUCAAAAUGAGUCAAAGUUGCUAUUGUACAUGUUGUGAGUAAAACAAGAAAAACUUGGCCCAUAGAUCAAGCAACAUUACUGAAGCCUCGGGUUGCAUAUUUCUUACUUUCCAUGAUUGUUUUUUUUCUCAAUCAGAAAUUGACAAUCUUCUAAAUAAUGGAGUUAUAUCCUUCCCAUGUCUUCAAAACCCUGAGCAAUGUUAGAGAGCAGCAUACCAGUAUUUAGUUGAUAGAAUUCAAAAGAAUAUUGAAGGAUAGCAAGCAAAGUAUCUUUCCAUGGCAGGACGUGCCACGCUUGUUAAAUCCUCGGUGGCUUCCAUUCCCAUUUACACCAUGCAAACCAUGUAUGGCCUCCCCAAAAAAUUAGUCGGCAACUAGACCAAUUAAGUUGUCAAUUCUUAUGGGGAGAUACACACCAACGCCGGAGUUGUCAUACGGUUAGUUGGGUCACUAUUACUCUUCCAAAGGCAGCAGGAGGGCUGGGGAUACAAUCGGUCCAUCAUCGGAAUAGGGCAAUCCUUAUGAAUCAGGCAUGGCGCCUGUACCAUUCUCCUCAUAUGCUCUGGGCCAGGGUAUUAAAAGCGAAAUUUUUCCCACAUACGAGUCUAUUUGAGAGUACUAGUACUUCUAGAGGGUCGCAUAUUUGGAAAGCCUUGUUUAAUGGAAUUCAAUGGCUACGCGAAGGUAUGAAGUGGAUAAUAGGGGAUGGCCACAAUAUCAGGAUAUGGGAGGAUCAUUGUAUCCCGGGGGGCACACUUCGUAGCCACAUAGCAGGUCCGCUAAUGUGGAACGAAGAAAACAGUCGAGUCAGCUCUUUGCGAGUUGCUCAGACUUGGGAUUUAACUUCUCUUCAUGUCCCCCUCCCACCACAAAUUGAGCAACUUAUCCAUGGGAUCCCGGUGGCAAGAAUCGCCCAACUCUCGAAUACCUUUGUAUGGCCCCAUAAUAAUGGAAUGUGUUCAGUGAGCUCGGCACCACAUUUUAUAUAUCAACAACAACAAGUGCCUCUAGAUAAACAGGAGCCUCUUGGAGCAAGACUGGGAGGUGCAGGCACACCAUAUAUACCAUGAAGCAAAUGGAUGCGCAGAUGCACUAGCGAAACUAGGAGCCCACCAAUUUUGUCUAUUUAUACUACUUGUCCCAAUUUUGUGUAUCACUGUUUAGUAUGGGAUUUGGCCAGCCUCGGGAGUAAUAGAUUAUAUGCCCGAAGGUCAUUAAUGUUGUUGUUGUAUAAACUCUAUGUUUAAUUAAUAAGACCACCCAUUUCUACCCAAAAAAAAAAAA